AUGAAGUCGUCACGGCGAGAGGCGACGGGCAAAUGCUUAAUUCCAGCUGGCCACUCCCGGCGCGCACUGGCACUCCUUCGGCGGAAAAGGUGCCUCAGGCCGCACAAUCGCCACCUGCAGCGAUGCGAGAUGUGCCAGCAACUCCGCCGCAUCGGGCGGUGGUGGCGGCCUCCUCGGAAGCUUCUGCAAGCUGGUGCAGCGAGCUGCGACAAGGGCAUCGCCGGUGCGGCGGCCCUGAAUCACCAGGGAUCCUACCUGUGGUAUUGCCGCCCGUGUUGGGAUGAUUGGCUCGUUCGCUACAAGCAGUGGUUUGCGGCGGAAGACGACGAGGAGUGGUUGGCCAAUGCGGAGUCGUCUGAGGUGUCUACCAGCUCGAGCUCGUUCGGAGGCUCGAAAGCUUCGCGACCACACAGCUUGAUUUCCACAGGUGAGGACCUGCUGCACUUUGACUUCAUUGAGGUCGGUACGUGCAACUACCACACCUUCACUCAGUUUGUUGGUGGCCAUCCGAAUGGAAAGCCAAGCGCUUAUAGGUACCUUCCAUACAGCGAUGAUCUUCGUCAACUUCGCGGGCUGGCGGUGGACAUGAAAAGCAGGCAUUGGAGAGAAGCAGAAGAAGAGCUUCCACACUCAAUAUCGGAUCUCUUCCAUUGCUCGUCCUGUUGCCAUGGCUUCUUGAAAUCACAACCAUUUGUUUGCGACAGAGGGUGA